UCUGACAAAGCGCGUCUCGACAACCAACUUCACGAUUUUCCACUAUCGCCUCGUGAGAUUCCAACGAUAUCGCUGAGCUGUCGACAUCAUCGCAGUCGGCGGUCCAGACAAGGCUUUGUCGUGACCUUGCGAUGCCAUCGCUCUUUAAUUUUGGCUUACUUCGAUCGGACGUGCCACAUAAGAACCACACUGGCGGUAAAUCUAUUCCUCCUUCAGGAUUUACAAGCAUCAACGCUCCCCCUAAAACUAGUCACGGCAUUGGCGGAAUUGGUCUUGGACACGGCAAAUCAGCCACCAAAAGACAUCGCAAAAUCCUCAAAGACACAAUCCAAGGCAUCACGCGCGGCGACAUUCGACGGUUGGCGCGUCGCGGUGGCGUCAAGCGCAUCUCUGCUGCGAUCUACCCUAGCGUUCGCAUGGCCGUAAAGCAACGACUUGAAGAUAUUCUGAACAAGGUCAUUCCUAUCGUAGAGAACACCGGGCGAAAGACUGUACAGACAAUGGAUGUCGUCUAUGCUCUGAACAUGUUGGGCAAUCCGAUCUACGGUUUCGGAGAGGCAAACAAGCUCUCGCAGCUGAAGUGAGCUCUCAAGAUAUGGACCAAUGAUUGAACUAUAACGAAGAUAUGAUUGAAACGAGUGUGACGGCCAAUGUGAUCAAACGUGGGACGGCAAUGUCAAAUAAUUGAGAUAGCCUGGGAUGGACCACUGGUGGUUUGGACUGCACCAGCGGCAAUUUUACCGAAUCGAAUGUAAUUAAAUGCUGUAUAAAAGUCGGUGUGUGGCAUGGAAACAAAAAACCGUUGGAUCA